AUUUCAAGGGCAGCGUGGAAAACCUCAACGAGCACGGCACUUCACGGCUCAGCAGAUAUCAUGAGUUUUGAGACCAGAGAGCUUCGAUCACUCUUACUAGUCUUGGUUCUCUCUCUAGCCAUUGCCUUCACGUCUUCGGCAUCGUCACAGGGGAUGAACUUCAGCUUCCAGACUUUCAACAAUGAUAGGAUUCAACUCGAAGGCGAUGCGUCGGUUUCGAGCCACUCCAUCCAACUUACAAAGGCCUAUGUAGACCAGAACCUCCAUGGGAGCGUGGGGUGGGCCACGUACCACCAGCCGAUGCACCUUUGGGAUAAGGCGACCGGGAACGUGGCGGAUUUCACCACCCAAUUCACCUUCGUCAUCAAUUCACGAAACAAGUCAAUGUUCGCCGAUGGAUUGACCUUCUUUCUUGUGCCCAAUGGGUCUCAACUCCCGGCCAACUCAUCCGGAGGCUACCUGGCUGUUAUGGAUAAACAUCGCGACCCUUCCAACUCUUCUGCAUGGUUUGUAGCCGUCGAGUUCGACACUUUCUACAACCCAGCGUCAGACCCGGAUUGUCCACAAGCUGCACAUAUCGGUAUAGACAUGAAUAAUCUCACUUCCGCGAACUAUAGCUGCGUCGAUUGGUUCAAGGAUAAAAUCAUGAGCGGUGGGCAGAUCAACACAACGAUAACGUACAAUUCUAGCACACAAAACUUGAGCGUUCUCAUGAUAGACGCCAAUGCCACGGGUACCGACAUAAAUUCCUCCACUAUCGAUUACAGAGCCAACUUGACUGAGUAUUUGCCGGAGUGGGUGACUUUCGGUUUCUCGGCUACCACAGGUUGGGGUUUCGAGUUGCACACUCUUGAGGCAUGGGAAUUCAGCUCUACUGUGCAAGUGGCCGGAGCAAAUAAUUCGAUUCCAGCAAAUGGUACAAAUAUUUCCAAUGGCACAAAUGCUCCGGCUCCAGCAGUUCCGAUUCCAACAAAUGGUACAGAUGCGUCACCAAAGAGCAAGUUAUGGCUAUGGUCUAUCUUAAGCUCUGGUUCUUUCAUUUUGCUCAUUCUUGUUGUAGCCUUUAUUUGGUUUUGUCAACGUUUGAAGAGAAAGAGAACUUACACGAGUGGAGAAGAAGAUGAUGCGGCGAUCGAAGAAGAAUUCGAGCAAGUGUCGGGGCCCAAGAAAUUCUCCUACAAGGACUUGGUCGCAGCAACCGAUAAUUUUGCAGUGGAACGGUUGCUUGGGGAAGGGGGCUUUGGGAGAGUGUACAAAGGUUACUUAACCAGCAUGAAUGCUAGUGUCGCAAUUAAGAAGAUUAGCCCAGGGUCAAGACAAGGGAUAAAAGAGUAUGCCACCGAAGUGAAGACCAUAAGUCGGCUCCGGCACAGAAACUUAGUGCAACUCAUUGGGUGGUGUCACGAGAAAAAGCAACUCCUCCUUAUCUAUGAGUUCAUGUCUAAUGGUAGUCUCGAUUCUCAUCUAUUCAAAAGAAAAAACUUCUUGCCUUGGGAGAAGCGGUACAAAAUCGCGCAAGGCAUAGCCUCGGCAUUGCUUUACCUCCACGAAGAAUGGGAACAAUGUGUCCUGCACCUGGAUAUAAAGUCUAGCAAUAUCGUGCUCGAUUUCGAUUUCAAUGCUAAAUUAGGGGACUUCGGUUUGGCUAGGUUAGUUGACCAUGCCAAAGGGAUACAAACGACAGUGUUGGCCGGGACGAUGGGCUAUAUGGCUCCUGAAUGCAUUUACACGGGCAAGGUGAGUAAGGAAUCGGAUGUCUAUAGCUUUGGAGCCGUCCUAUUAGAAAUAGCUUGUGGAAGAAAAAUCGUUGAGCCAAGGGCCAAGGAAGGCCAAGUUUGGCUGGUGGAUUGGGUUUGGGAGCUGUACGGGACCAAGAGAUUACUUGAUGCGGCAGACUCGAAACUUGGUACCGAUUUCAAUGAAAUGCAACUAGAGUGCUUAAUGGUUGUAGGGCUGUGGUGUGCUCAUCCGGACCACACUGCCCGUCCUUCCAUAAGAAAAGCGUUUAGCGUUCUCAACUUCAACGAUCCACCGCCCCUUCUCCCAUUAAAAUUGCCAAUCCCUACUUACCAGGUACCUCUAUCCACAUUCUCUAUGGCAUAAAUUGUUACGUCUUAUGCCACCAAGACCAAUGACACCGAAGUGUCCACAUUUACUACCUUUUCUAUACAAUCGUCUCAUUCAGAUUCCUCUGCAUUGCUCCCAAAUACAAUAUAAUCCACUUCAUUCAAUAAUAGUUUGAAUUGUAAUUUGAGAUUUGAUUUUGGAUAUCAUCGACUCCAUAUGUAUUUCUUCAUAUGUACCUCAGUAUUAAUCCUUCAUGUUUAGACUUC